AUGGAGUUGUGCUAAUGAUUGCAGCUGUUGAAAAUCCCACUUCCAAAAUCGGUUAGAGAGUAAGUCAGCUGACCAGAAAAACAAGUUUGCUGCCAAAUGAAGUUUUGUUUGCUGAGAAGACCUUCAGGUUUAAAUUUCGGGGUCUUCAGGGAUGAGGUCAUGACUCGAGUUACCAAAGAGAGGGAGAGAGAGAGAGACUGAUACAGCCUGCCUUUUUCUCCCUUGUCUUCACCCUCUGAGUACCCUGAAUCCUGCCUGUGAAGAUGGACCACACAGAGCCUGUGCUUCCCAGCGUCAACUCGUCCUAUCUUCCACCUUUAUACGAUCAACAAAGCUCGACCGAGGAUGAGGAGGAUGACGACAUCAGUCCCUCUGCAACCCUUCUUCCUAAGGCUUCCUCGGCGCCUCUGGCUGUGCGCUACAGUCCAGAGGACUCGUACAAACUGGUGUAUUUCACCUUUUUUCUGAUGGGUAUUGGCUCCCUGCUGCCCUGGAACUUCUUCAUAACGGCGAAGCAGUACUGGCUCUACAAGCUUAGCAACAGCACUGACCAGAACGAAAGCUCCAGUGUCGGUGACUACUUUGAAAGUUACCUGUCCAUUGCUUCAGCGGUGCCAUCUGUGCUGUGCCUGGUACUCAACUAUUUUCUUGUUAACAGGUUGUCUCCAAAAGUUCGAAUCCUGUCCUCCCUCGUCGUGAUGCUGUUGGUGUUCGGGGUGACCACGGUGCUGGUGGAGGUGGACGUCUCAGAGUACACGACGGAGUUCUUCACCGGCACGCUUGUCAGCGUUGCUGUGGUCAGCGGCGCCUCCAACAUCUUCUGUGGGAGCGUGUUUGGGAUCAGUGGCUAUUUUCCCAUGAGAAUCUCUCAAGCCCUUAUAUCAGGCCAGGCGAUGGGGGGCACCCUGACUGCACUAGCAUCGAUAGUGAGCCUAGCUGUGGCUAAGGACGUGACCACCAACGCUCUGUUCUAUUUCCUGACAGCAGACUUCUUUAUCCUGCUCUGCAUUAUCUCAUUUUUGCUUUUGCCAAAGUAUGCAUAUUCAAGGCACUACAUGCUGGCAGCGACCUGUGUCGGUCCCGGGACGCUCGGUGAGGAGCAAAGUCCAGCAGGCGGAAUCCCUCCGCUGCAGCCCAUCAUUAAGAAGGCCUGGGUGCUUGGCCUCUGCGUCUUUUAUGUCUUCUUCAUCUCAAUCUCAGUAUUCCCUUCCGUCUCAUCGGGGAUCCAAUCUGUGAACACGGACAGCGGCAGCCCCUGGGCAACAACUUAUUUUGUACCUCUGACCAGUUUCCUCCUUUAUAACGUUGCAGAUUUUAGUGGCAGGCUGGUGACGGCCUGGGUGCAGACCCCUGGUCCCACUAGUCGGGUCCUGCCGGUGCUGGUGCUGUGUCGCUCUGUGCUGGUGCCACUUCUCAUGUUCUGUAACUACCAGCCACGGGACCACCUCCAUACUGUGCUCUUCCCCCAUGACGUUUACCCUGUGGUCUUCAACUGCCUGCUGGGCCUCUCUAACGGAUACCUGGGUACGCUGCCGAUGAUCUACGGACCAAAGGUGGUUCCCCGGGAGCUGGCCGAAGCCACAGGCGUGGUCAUGUCCUUCUUCCUCACUCUGGGGCUGGCUGUUGGAUCUGCGUUUUCUGUUCUCAUUGUGCACAGCAUCUGAACCAAAGCCAUAUGUAGCUUUGUAGUGAAGGAAAACACUACAGCAUUUACUUUCACUGGACCACCAGGUGUCACUUCCUCUGUACCUCAUCUGGUUUCCAGCGUCGUCUCAACCCUACAGUAAUUAGUGCCGAUUCUAAGAACUGAAGCAUUAUGUGUGCAAUUUGACAUAUUGCAGAAAUUAUACACGGGAUAUGGAGGAGAUGAAAGUUUGGGGAAGCAAUAAAUGAAACACUUUUAGAAUUUUGCUAAAAUAUGAACAAUGUAAAAAAGACUACAUGCUGAUGGGUUUAAAAUGCAACUGUUCAGUCUGAAACACAAGUACAGUUUUGCUGAAGAUAAAAGGUCAAAGUUGCUUUUUUUUUAAGCAAGCUUGAUUUGUCAUUUCUAUGGUGCUAACAGAGCUUUGUGAAAGCUGGUCCAAAAGACUUCCUGAUACUUUGUCCUAAAUGCAUCUUUGUAGUUAAUUUAAUUGAUUAAUUCAGCUCAAUGUGGAGUUGCAAGAACCAUUUGUCCUCAUUCUUUCAUGUGAUCUCAGGCUUUGAAACUUCUCCCAAAUAUAGUGGUCCUAAGGAAACAACUCCAGAAGCUAGUGCAUAUGCAAGCUAAUUGUGCUGUUGAAUGACCUUUAGUGACCCUUCAACCCAUUUCCAGCUUUGACUGGCACCUUUACAAGGGACUUUUUGCACAUUUUGUACCAAAAUUUCUCCCCAGGACAAAGAACCCAUCCUCUUGUAUUCUUUUAGUAUUAAUUGCAAAUUGUCUGAAGGAGUCCUUUUUCUGCCAGCAAGGUAGAAUGAUGCAACCUAAUCAGUACUUGUAUAUUUGGCAGAUUUUCAGUUAACACAUGUUGACAUCUGACUCAUGGUACUACCAUUUUCUGCAAGUAUUGAGCAGACCCGACAUUGUUUUCACCUUAACUUUCUGUGAAAUUUUAAUUGGUGUUUGAAAUCAUGUCUGUACAGAUAUUUAGAAUUGGUAAGCAAAAAUGCCACUAAGCAUGGCUGUACAUUUUUUUAAAAUAUAUUUGUAAUGUUUGUA